UGGCAAUGGGGGGGGUCAUGUGACGGAGAGAUGGCUAUAAAUAGCUGGGGGUGGGCAUGCUGCCCCAGACGCCUUGGGGACAGGCAAGAGGACGGGCUUAAGGAGCUGUACUGGGGGAGGCCCCGGGGCGAGCAGGCCAAGGCCUGGCCCAGGGAAGGAACAUGGAGCGGUCGGAGUCCCAGCGGCGUGGGGGGGAGCAAAGCUGGUGGGGUAGUGCCCCCCAGUACCAGUAUAUGCCUUUUGAGCACUGCACCAGCUACGGACUACCCUCCGAAAAUGGGGCCCUUCAGCACAGGCUCCGGAGGGACGCAGGCCCCCGUCCCAACACCCGCCCCACACAGAUUUAUGGCCAUCACAAACAGCAGCCCCCGCACAAGGAGCAGGGCAUGGGGAUACCCCCGAAGACGGGCUCCAGUGACAGCCUGGACAGCAAGGAUGAGGAUCACUCUUCUAAAUGUCAAGACUGUAUGCGCCGCCUGGGACACAUGGUAAGAAGGAAAUUAGGAGAAGACUGGAUCUUUCUGGUGCUCCUGGGACUGCUUAUGGCUCUGGUUAGCUGGAGCAUGGAUUAUGUCAGUGCCAAAAGCCUUCAGGCCUACAAGUGGACCUAUUACCAGAUGCAGCCCAGCCUGCCUCUGCAGUACCUGGUCUGGGUCACCUUCCCGCUAACUCUCAUCCUCUUCAGCGCCCUCUUUUGCCACCUCAUCUCUCCCCAGGCCGUUGGCUCCGGGAUCCCUGAGAUGAAGACAAUACUCCGUGGGGUCAUCCUGAAGGAAUAUCUCACCGUCAAGGCCUUUGUGGCCAAGGUUGUGGCCCUGACUGCAGGGCUGGGCAGUGGCAUUCCUGUGGGGAAGGAGGGCCCAUUUGUGCACAUAGCCAGCAUCUGUGCUGCUGUCCUCAGCAAGUUCAUGUCAAUGUUCUGCGGGGUAUAUGAGCAGCCAUACUAUUACACUGACAUGCUGACUGUGGGCUGUGCUGUGGGAGUUGGCUGUUGUUUUGGGACACCACUCGGAGGAGUGCUGUUCAGCAUCGAGGUCACCUCUACCUACUUUGCCGUGCGGAACUACUGGCGAGGAUUCUUUGCGGCCACGUUCAGUGCCUUUGUUUUCCGCGUGCUGGCCGUGUGGAACAAGGAUGCCGUCACCAUCACCGCCCUCUUCAGAACCAAUUUCCGAAUGGAUUUCCCCUUUGACCUGCAGGAACUCCCAGCCUUUGCCAUCAUCGGGAUUUGCUGUGGGUUCCUGGGAGCUGUAUUUGUGUAUCUGCACCGCCAAGUCAUGCUUGGUGUCCGAAGGCACAAGGCCCUCAGCCGGUUUCUGGCGAAGCAUCGCCUGCUGUAUCCCGGAAUCGUCACCUUUGUCAUCGCUUCAUUCACUUUUCCACCAGGAAUGGGUCAAUUCAUGGCUGGAGAGCUGAUGCCUCGUGAAGCCAUCAGUACCCUCUUUGACAACAACACGUGGGUAAAGCAUGUGGGUGACCCUGCAAGCCUGGGCCAGUCGGCUGUGUGGAUCCAUCCACAAGUCAACGUCGUCAUCAUCAUCCUCCUCUUCUUUAUCAUGAAGUUUUGGAUGUCCAUCGUGGCCACCACUAUGCCCAUACCCUGUGGAGGCUUCAUGCCUGUGUUUGUGCUAGGAGCUGCAUUUGGAAGACUGGUGGGAGAGAUCAUGGCCAUGCUAUUCCCUGACGGUAUCCUAUUCGAUGACAUCAUCUACAAGAUCCUACCCGGCGGCUAUGCAGUAAUUGGGGCAGCAGCGCUGACUGGCGCAGUGUCCCAUACGGUCUCCACAGCUGUGAUUUGCUUCGAGUUAACGGGUCAGAUUGCCCACAUCCUCCCCAUGAUGGUGGCUGUCAUCUUGGCCAACAUGGUGGCUCAGAGCCUGCAGCCCUCCCUCUAUGACAGCAUCAUCCAGGUCAAGAAGCUACCCUACUUGCCUGACCUUGGUUGGAACCAGCUCAGCAAAUUUACAAUCUUUGUUGAGGACAUCAUGGUGCGUGAUGUGAAGUUUGUUUCAGCUGCCUGCACGUAUGGGGAAUUGCAAACCCUGCUCCAGACCACCACAGUCAAGACUUUACCACUGGUUGAUUCGAAAGAUUCAAUGAUCCUGCUGGGCUCCGUGGAGCGGUCAGAGCUGCAAUCCCUCCUGCAGCGCCACCUGUGCCCUGAGCGGAGGCUGCGGGCAGCCCAGGACAUGGCCAGGAAGCUGUCUGAGCUGCCUUAUGAUGGAAAGGCGCGGCCUGCUGGCAGGGGGCACCAAGGCAUCCCAUCCGAGGGCCGGAGGGAGUCCUUUGCCUUUGUGGAUGAGGAUGAAGAGGAGGACCUCUCUGGGAAGCCCGAGCUGCCUCCUCUCCCCGCUCCUCGCUCCUUUCCUGCCGCUCCAUUGUCCCCAGAAGAGCCCAAUGGGCCCCUGCCCAGCCACAAACAGCAGCCAGAAGCCCCGGAGCCCGCAGGUCAAAGACCCUCUGUCUUCCGGUCCCUGCUGCGCUGCUUACUGGGCAGACCUCGCCCCACGAAGAAGAAAACAACCCAGGAGUCAACGGAUUUGGUGGACACCAUGUCACCUGAAGAGAUUGAGGCCUGGGAGAAGGAGCAGCUGAGCCAGCCGGUGUGUUUUGACUACUGCUGCAUUGACCAGUCUCCCUUCCAGCUGGUGGAGCAGACGUCUCUGCACAAGACGCACACGCUCUUCUCGCUCCUCGGCCUCCACCUUGCUUACGUGACCAGCAUGGGGAAGCUCAGGGGCGUGCUGGCGUUGGAGGAGCUGCAGAAGGCCAUCGAAGGGCACACCAAGUCCGGGGUGCAGCUCCGCCCGCCCCUUGCCAGCUUCCGGAACACAACGACAGCUCGGAAGAACCCUGGGGGCCCGCCCCCUCCCACGGACACGUGGAGCCUGCCUGAGGACGGAACCAGGGCGGCCGGGGCGGGGGACGGGGCUCCCGCCUCCCCAGAGACCCCCGUGCCCUCCCCCUCCCCGGAGCCCCCUCUCUCUGUGGCUCCAGCCAAGGUGGAGGGCGAGCUGGAGGAGCUGGAGCUGGUGGAGAGUCCCGGGCCGGAAGAGGAGCUGGCUGAUAUCCUGCAGGGCCCCAGUCUGCGGUCCACCGAUGAGGAGGACGAGGACGAACUGAUCCUGUGACGCCUCCAGGACCUCCUCCUCAAGACUGUCCAGAGGCCCCGGCCCCAGGCUGGCUUUGUGUGGGAGAGGGUACGUCCUGAGAUUGGAGGGAUCAAACCGAUGUCCUGCCCCCUCCUGGGAAUUGUGAAAUGGGAUAGUGACAGACUUAGAGGAGGGUUCCUUGCAGCAGAGAGUAGCCUUGAUCAGUUAUUUAGGCCACGUCCCCCCAUCCAGACAGGCAGGGGCUUCUAACCCCAGCGGAGGGCCUGAUAGUCCGUGGGGUUUCCCGAGUCUCUCUGGUGUGUGGGGUGGGACAUACCCUGCGACUUUCAGGCCUCCCCUUAUUCUCCAGGAGCCCCCUGAUGUUCUUGUCCCAACACCUUUCUGGCUCUGCCUGUGUGUCUGCCAGUCUCCCAUGGCGGGGACCCACAUGACUGUGGCCUGUGGAGGAGAUGGGAGGCCCUCAUGACCUCGUGGACAGAUGGCCCCGGAAUAUACCCCAGAACAGUCCGCACCCCUCUCUCAGAGCCCCCUACCCCGUUCUCCCACUGGCUCACACCGGCUCCCUGAAAGUUGCCCCCUACUACCUGUCACGAGGCAAGGGUCAUCACUAGGGCACUGAAAGGCCGGUCCCAUCACCUCCUCCUUUGCCUCAGACUUAAGCAGUGCAAUGUGGAUAAAGGAGGGGCAGCCUGACAGAGAAAAGUUCUCUGUGGAGGAAGCAGGGUCACUCCUACCUCCUUCAGGCAGAAAUCAAUCCCAUACCAGUUUCCUCACCCUCCAGUUUCCAGGUCACUCCCUGGAAACAUACAUCCCCCUCCCCAGUGUCGUCACUGAUCUGUCCUGCCCAAGGGUCAGGUGUGCCCUCCCGCUGCUGUGGCUGUGGUUCUUCACCCGGCACCAAGGCUCAGGGCAAGGUCACUGGGUCACUCAGACACCAGCCUUUAGACUGGUUCUUUGUGUUCCUCUCCUAGAGGUGGAGAGAGGAGGGUUCAAAGUCAAGAUGGCAGAUGUCUUUGAUGCUUCCCACACUGGGGAAGUCAGAUCCGUACCCUCCCCCAAUCGGCAACAGGGUGUCUGCUGUUAGCCUGUCUUUCUUAUAAGUGGUCUCGGGUGCUCUGAGCCUCCACACCCAAGGCUUUCCUCCCUCCCUCCUUUUAUGCCUUGUCUGGUUCUGCAGUUUUACCCCUUUCCAACAUUUCUCCUUCUCCUCCCCUGUGCCCAGUCUCCGUCACCCCCCAAAUAAGACACUCAUAGUCAGAUGUGCCACCACAUUCUGUUUAGUGCCAUUGAACACAGCCUGUAGCCCUCUCCAACAUCACGUCCCUUCCACCUCCCCAGGCCGAGAGAGAGAGAGAGAGAGAGAGAGAGAGAGAGAGAGCACAGCCUGGGGAGGGGGUUGGCAGUGGGCAUGUGAGCCCGUGCCCAUGUGUAAAUAAUCUAUAAUAUUUAUAUAUAUAUAUUUAUAUAUAAUUCUCUCUGUAAUAUAUGUCAUAGAAUCUCUCUUGGGCCUGGGGUGGGAAUGUCACAUUAAGAAAACAUGCUAAGACUGGCCAUAAAAAUGAAUUAUUUCCCAGACCUGGAAGACACAGAAUGGGAUGUAGAAGUGGGGGCAAAGAGAAGGGCAUACACUCAUUCACCAAGAGCCCCUCCUCAGCUGAGGGGCAAGAAGGAAGGCGUGGGGGGCAGUGGGGCAGUGGAAGGGGAGGAAUGGGAGAUUUGGAUUUUUCUUUAUAAUAAAGUGAUUUGAAAAUGAAAGUGCACCCCCCUCCCCCCCAAAGGAAAAUCAUUGAGCAAGAGCAGUUUCAUUCACAAGAAUAUAAAAACAGCCCUGUUCCAGGACUGUCGUAAAACGUGCUGCACAGCCUUUAACCCCAAAGGAAAAGCA